AUGAGUUUUGGAAACUCCACGGACCGGCCGGCGCAUCAAUCCACCCUCAGCUGCCCACAGUUCCGGAAGUGCACUAAACGGUGGGGCAAGCAACGAAUAGCCGUGAAUUUGAUCGAGCCACCCCCGUGUGCUUACAGGCAGCAUAUGGGAAAGAGGGAAUCCGCAGACACGGAAAAAGAGCACGAAUCCAGAGGCGGGCCAGUACAUCUAUGCCCCCCUCAGGCGCCGCGCAGAUCCGAGAGUGCGCGCAGCGGCGGGGGCAAGUCAUUCCAGAAGCGAGAAGCGGCGAAUUUGAACGACCCGCGAAAGGCAGACGUCCGAUGUCUAGGAGUUAGAAAGAUAAUCGAAAGCGCGAGAGAAAUCAAGCAAUAUGAGGGCGGACACCAUGCCCCGGUCCUGAGAAGCAAGCAGUCCAUCCACCACAUCCGCCAGAGCAGUUGCCGUGCUGUGACCCUUACGAAAACCAGAUUGCAGAGCAGGGAGCAUAUUGUGUUUUUCAAGGUUGUUCCGAGUCAUAUCGCGGGUGCGCCGAAUACUCUCUCCACGUCGCCGAGCGAGCGGAACUGCCGAACCUCAGCACCAUCACUCCUACGAGCGUAAAUGCGACCACGCCUCGUCCAGGAGUAUUUCCAUUGAAGCCUACGACACUCAUCCCGCACCCGGUGGAAGAGUUGGCGGUUCGGCCGGGUCAAGCGCUCAUUAAU